UUUUGAUACUCUCAGUCUCGAAAUUUUGGAUUGCAAUUUUGAAUUAACCAUGCCACACAGUAUACACUUCGCCCGUUAGAACAUGGGUCCAUGAACAAUACGAGGGAUGGCGGGUCUCAAAUGUUCAACGUCUGGAAUUCCGAUCUCAAAAACGACAGGGAAAAUAGUUAUGAAUAUUUAUUUACAAGUACAAUUGGUGUACCUACUGCGGAGCCGUCGAUGGUAGCACGCACAGAAGUCGAAAUACCAAUCUCCGAGUCACAAUAUACCCAGAUUUCGUAAACUAGGAGCAUCUGCAAGGCAGUUUGACUUGCUCAGCCACCUCUCAAGAUGUCACAUUUAAUAUCUCCUAUCACUGUCCUUUUUCAUUCUCUAAUAGUAGUCUUUCUAACCCUCACCCCAUCCUUUACUUUUAUUCAUUUUUUCCCGUUUCAAGCAGGGGAACAGGGUAUUCAGUGCCAUAACUACCAGGUCAAACCCUUUUUGAUCUCAACUUAGGACCCAAGAUGCGUCUAUCAUCGCCUCCUUUCUUGCUCUCUUUGUUGCUCAUCUCUCUCUCAUUCACCAGUACCCUGGUUGCUGCUCAAGCACUUCCGCUUAACAGCGUAUGGAUAAUGAAAGAUGGUGCUACUGAUGGCGGUUGUGAUGCAAAUGGGCGCAGAGCCAUUCUCAACGUAUGGCAGAGCGAAUCUUGGAAUCUGGCGUCGAAUGCGUAUCAUUACAUCUCUCAAUACUCUUCUGACAGAUUCGUCAGGAAAGCCUGCUCUACUUUUUUUGGCUUAAAAUCAAGUAAAAGAGACAGAACACUCCCAUCAAGUGAUCAUACGCUCCAGGAGAUCACAAGAGUCUUUUUCUAACUUCGAUCUCAUUUUGGGGCCCUUCCUCAAGGCGCAAAAGCCGGGUUGUUUUGUGGCUCAGAUUGGUUGAAGCCCGUUGAUGGCGGACUCGACGCAGCUGCACGCGAAAUUAUGGGUGAUCAAAUAUGGAUAGGUGACAAACCACGGACUAUUAACGACGUAUAUAAUGAAUUUAUUGGCCCCAACGAUGUGCCGUUCUGGUCGGAUAACCCCAGAGGAUACGAGUUUACGGUUGCGGGCGAGUUUUGUUCGGAAAACCCAAGUACAAAGGCUGCCACGUCGGGCUUAAAGGCAGUCAGUCCUGGAGCUGAAGAUGAGCUUGACGAUCGUUUUGGAGUGACUUUGUGUCCUUUUUCUUUUGACUGCACUGAUGCACUAGACAUACUGCCACCAGUGCCAGCGGGUGGCAAUGUGGUGACACUGUAGGGGUCGAUGGAAAAAGAUUUAGCGCGGGCACGGUUUUAGACAACACUUUACCCAAAAGUGCCACGCUGUUUCAUGAAGCUCUUUAUUUUAUAUAUGCGGACGACUUUCUUGCCGGCUCAAAAGAGAAGUACAGCUUGAGGGAAUGCAUCAACAUCAAAUGGAUCUCUCUGAAUAAGCGUACGAAUCCAGAGAAUUACGUUUUUUUUUUGCCGCAGCAAUGUGGUGCAGACAGCACGGCUUCGAUUUUAGUACUGGGAAAAUGGCUUGAGCAAUAUUCGACUGAGCAGCAUACGUUGCGCAUCAGCUAAGGCUAUCUCAAGUGCGGAACAAUGGAAGUAGACUCGACUGUCUAUUAUCAUGGAUGUGUGAGAAGUAUGAGAAGGGCUUUAAGCAUUCCGGUUCGGAGGAUAGCAGGGGAAAACCAGUGUUGGCGGGAUAGCUGUUAUCACAUCUUCUUUCAUCGCAAUCAUAAAUCUGCAGAAGACUCAAAAUCUCGAGCUGGACAAGUAGUUGACGGGAUGACUUUUUCCUUAAAUUAAUCAUGAUGAAUAU